AUGGCUCUGGAGCUUCCUCCUCUCCCGGUUCCCAUCCCUGACUUCGUUAGCUAUGUCGACAAGAAACCCAGGAGCCAGAUCGGCGUUGCUGAGGCGGUUAGGCCCUUCAAGGCUUACGAAAGUAAACUGAGGGAGAUCUACGCCCAGCAGCCUGAUCACCCAGCUGCAAUCGCAAACCAUCUGGUACCUGUCUUCAAGGAUGCUCCUGUCACCAUCCGAGCAAGAGAUCUUGCAAAGGAGUCUGACGCCGCGAAAGACCAGUUUCUCUUGUCUCUCCAACCGGAGGCUCGCAGGAAAGACGGUUCACCUGCCACCACCCAAACUCUCAAAGACUUCAGGACCAACUUCAACCUUUUCUCCGAGUCUUCGUUGGUGGACCUAGACUGGAGUAAUGUGGUAUGUGCAGGAAGUGCUGUCGUCACUUCUUUGCUACCUGUCGACGCUCCUCACAAUGAGUCCAAGCGAGCCCUUCGAUCCUAUUACCAUGAGACGCUUGCACCUGCUUCUGAUGUCGAUCUAUUCCUCUACGGGCUGAACGAGGAACAAGCCAUCGAGAAAAUCAAACAAAUUGAGACUAAAAUUCGGGAUAGCAUCCUGUCCGAGACGACGACUAUACGCACCAAAAAUGCUAUCACAAUUGUGUCGGAAUAUCCUACCCGCCAUGUCCAGAUCGUGCUUCGCUUGUAUAAGAGCAUUUCUGAGAUUCUCACCGGCUUUGAUGUUGACUGCUCCUGUGUAGCUUAUGAUGGUCAGCAAGUAUGGGCUUCGCCUCGAGCUCUCGCCGCAUUCAUGACUCAAGUGAACACAAUUGAUCUCACUAGAAGAUCCCCCUCUUACGAAAAUCGGCUGUCCAAAUACUCCCAUCGCGGCUUCGAGGUGGUGUUCCCCGGCAUCGACCGAACACGAAUUGAUCCCACUAUCUAUGAGAGAUCUUUCUCAAGGGUGCAAGGCCUGGCGAGACUGCUGGUUCUCGAAAAGCUGCCACAUCCCAAUGACAGGGACACGUACCUCGCAAAACGUCGAGCCGAACGAGGUAGGCCCCCGUUGUCGUGGAAUUCUCGAUUUCGCCAUGAGCUUCCAGGAAAUGUCAAAGAUGCUCAACCGGAUGACGUCGCUGAGUGGGUAGAAGAGGACGAAGUUUCUAAUUACCACACUGUUACCAUUCCAUAUGGCCCCAGAUACACUGCCAAAAGAAUUGAGAAGCUUCUCUUCACCAAGGACCUGCUCCUCAAUGCUGAAUGGAACAAACCUAAGGACAGAGAGACCAAACUGCAUCGCCAUCCAGCCUUCUUUGGGUCUGUCAACGACGUUCUUCAUGACUGUUGCGGAUAUUGCCCCGAACCCACAACAGACGCAGACUUUGCCGCGCUCGAGGAGGAAGGGAAGAUCUAUAUAUCUGGAGAUGUUACAUUUCUCAAAGAUGACCCAGGCAGACAGGCCAUCGGCAGCUUUAAUCCCAUCACAGACACAGACUGGACGGAAAUGGCAUACGUCGGCAACACUGCCAGGCUGUGUCAAGCAAUAGUCGAUCUGGACAUUGAUGCUGUCAGAGACUGGUUCUCAGAGCCGGAAGUUGUGGACGUUAACCGUCGGGAUCCUGCUGGUCGCACGCCUCUACAUCUUGCGGUCAUGUGCUCCACCCCUGAAAUCGUUCAUUGUCUCAUUGAACAUGGAGCCCGCCUUGUAUCAAGACUCUAUAAUGGUAUGACCGCUCUGCACCUUGCUGCCCACCGUGGCGAGGUACAGAUGGUGAGGGACAUCCUCGACAAAAGUAACGCAAACGAGGAACAGGAAGCGGUCAAGGAAGAAGCGCGAAAAGAAGCACGAAGAGCUGCUGCCAGCAAUUCGCAAGAAGCUAAUAAUAUCAAGGACGAGAUCGGCGACGGUGACUCCCUCGACUCUGAAGACUUCGAGAAUGCUGAUGACGACGACGACGACGAACGUGAUGAUGACAUGACCGAAGGGUCUUUUGUGAAAGUGGAAGGCAAUCUCGAAGUCCAAGAUCCCGAGGACAAAGAGGGACCCGAUGUCUACGAUGUCGAUGUCUUGGCUUGGGAUAGUCCUAUGUCUCCUCUCCACCUUGCCAUCCUCGGGGGCCACCUGGAUGUCGUGAAAGUUUUGGUUGACAGUUACGGCGCCGAUGUCCUCCUUCCAGUCAAGAUUGUGGAUGAAUACAACCGAAAGCACGCUAGGGCUGCUAUUCUGACCACCACUCUGGCCUUGGAGCUCCCGUUGCAACAGGCCAAUGAAACCGUCAAAGGUCUUCUUGCCCUGGGGGCGUCAUCCACGCAGGCCGAUAUGAAUCACAUUUCUGCCCUCCAUUAUGCGAUCGAGACUGGAAAGGCGUUGAUAGUGCAGACGAUGCGCUCCGCUGAUCCAUCAAGCUUUGCCAAAGCUGUCAAUUUCAUAGCCAUGUCCGGUUACUGGACUCAGCCGACGGUCGAUACGCCUCUGCUGACCGCCAUUCGCACUGCCGAACCGGAACUUGUUGAGGAUCUUCUACGCAUGGGAGCCAAUACCCACAUUGACUUCGAGCUCUUUGCGCAAGCAUACAAGCGCAGCUUUGACAGAACCUCGAAUGAUCCCCAAGAAGUCGAGAGAGUCUUUAAAAAAUGUGUCCAACAGCCAAUCGUUGUAGGUGUUAUCCACGAAUUGGUGGAUUUUGUCAUCCUACUCAUCGAGAAGGGUGAGGACGUCAAUACUCUAACCGCUGGCGCACAUCAAUAUCUGGAAGCUCCGUAUCGCUCCUGGAGCCCAACACCAAACUCCUUAUUGGACCUCGUGCGAGCCCGCAUCUCAUCACUUGAGGAAUACUUGUCCCCCCAAGUCAAAGAUUUGAAGCAGCCAGAGGCACUGAAGGAAGACGCCGAAUACCUCCGCAACCUCGACAAAGGUUCUUACUGUUAUUGGACUGCUUUUAUCGACCUCCAGAAUGCUAAAUUGAUCCGUCAGUAUCAAAUGAGGGAAUAUGAGAAAGAACUCCAAGCCAAGAAGCCAAAGCCGGAGGCUGGGAGGAAGGAGAAGGAUGCGGCCGUCAGCAGAACCGUUGCAAAGUUGCGUGAUCUUGAACGGAGGCUUCUCGAGAAAGGUGCUAAAACGUUUGCGGAGCUGCAUCCGAAGGAAAGCGGUCAAGAAAACAAGCCCAACUACUAUUUCGGAUCGAAGAAUCUCAACAAAGAUCCGUACGAGACGAAGAUAUCUUUCCAAGUGCCAGAUCUAACUUCGGAGAAGAAGGCCAAGUACAUCACCCUAUUCGAAGCUGUUUGGAAGGGCGACUCUGAUACUGUCAAAUCGCUUUGUCUAACGAGCGCCGACCCAAUACAGGUGGCUAUCACGGAUCUUCAUGGUUUCAGUCCGUUCUCAAUAGCGGCUUUCCGAGGCCACUACGAACUUGCAGAGUUGAUUAUUCAGAUUGCCAAUAUCCAGUAUCAACCGAGCGACAAGUCACAAAGGUACCACUACGUCCUCGGCACUGGCGACGAUUAUGAUGAAGACAGCGACUGCAGUGACUAUAGUGACGAUAGUGACGGCACGGAGCAUAGUACUCGUGUGAGAGUCGUCGCCGAACUUGUUAACGACACCUUUACGAUCAACGACAUCGCUGCGGUGGCCGACAACGUCAAGUCGAGAGUCUCGCCAGCCAUCAUGACCUCUUGGACUUGUCAGAUUGGGCACGCAGUCCAGAAUGCAGCAGACGAGCGACAAGUCAGGGAUGUUUUCGGAGGUGUACAAUCGCGGAAUAUCUACGUCAAUGACGAACCAAAACAGUCUUUGGCAUGGUUCAAUGCGGCACUUGAAUCGACAAGCCGGCAGAAUCGAGCGUCUCUGGUCAGAUAUGCUAUCUUUGUCAACAAUAUGGAUCUGCUGAAAUUCAUCAUCAAAAUAGACAACACUCUCGCGCAUGAGAAAGAUGGGGAUGGACUGAAAGUCGCGACCAUUUCUAAACCCGAUUUUGACCUAGCGGUUCGACUGGGUAGGGUUGAUAUGAUUGGCGAAAUGAUCAAGUCUACUGGCUUCGGAUUUCCUCUGCAGAAGGUAUUUCAAAAAUCAGGAAUCCAGCUCGACGAGAAGCCCGAGUACUAUCAAGGACUCAGUGUAUACGGCAAAAAGCGUCAAGACUGGGCCGAAGCCGGCCGUAAAGGCCACCGUCCCCAAAAAAUUGACUCAGAUAUCGGAGUCCCUCUUCUGGCCGCUAUAUUGGAAGGCAAUUUGGAGACUACCGAGUACUUUAUGUCAGAGGCUCCCUUGCGCCACUACCUCGAGUUUGCCGAGACCUUUAAAGAAGAGAAACGCAUCCAAGCAUUAGCCCAGGCAAAAGGUGGCAUUCGAGGAACUCUCGAUACAUGGCUGUCAACCCGGAAUAACCUAGCACUGCACGUCGGUGUGUUAUCGCCUCCUUUGGAAGACGGAACUCAGCCGUGCUUCGACUUCCUGCUUGAGAAGAUCCCCCAAGCGCUUGAAGUCCGCUCCACCGAGGGCAAGACGCCUCUCCAUCUUGCGUUCGAAGUGCGAAGAUACUAUGCCGCGAAGAAACUGAUCGCAGCAGGUGCCGAUCAACUCGCCAAGGACAAUGUUGGACGCAACAUUCUACAUAUGGUUCUUUCAACCAUUCCAACGGACAAGCCCGCCCUCCUCGACUCGGUCUUGGGAAUGCUGGACCAAAAUAUUGUUGGACCGUUGCUCCAUGAGCGCUGUAGCAACGUCGAGUCCUCGGGUGUCACCCCUUUGGCAAUGUUCCUCACGCGCAUCACCGACAAAACAGGAUGGGAAAAAAGCCUGAAGCUUAUCCUAUCUCUCUCCGGUGGCAAAGACCUCGAAAAGAUGAAUGGAGCGGGAGAUUAUCCAUUACACUCGGUUGUACGACUAGGCCAUCAGAAUCUGGUGAAGUUUAUUGUGGAGUACAGGCCAGGACUUUUGUACUGGGAAAACGCUACGGGGAUGACUGUGGGUGAUGUGGUGACCACUGCAUAUCUGCGAUAUCAAAUCGAGAAUCCGCCAAAGCUGAAUCCGAAUAGCGAGAUGAGCAUCCAAAAUACUCCCGCCCGUGAGUUCGCGGAGGGUUCCGAGGCUGGUUCAAACAAGGAUGAAAUGCCAGAUGCAGCCGGGCGCAGCCAGCAAUGGCUGAUGUACCGCCUCAUAAAUUCCCUUAUGGCCAAAUAUCCAGCGAAGCGCAAGUUGGUGGCACUCCAUGAUGCGAACGAGGUUGCGAAGCGCCUGGCAAUGCAGCAGCAGAAGCAGAAUGAGGAGAAGCGUCGACGUGAAAGACUUGGAGCGAAUCUAAGACACUGGCGACACCAGGAGCACUCUGAGGACGCUGGCGGAGCUGAGAAUGGGCCGGACGAAGUGGCCCAGUAUCUGGAUCAAGCGAACAAUUACAAGAAAUGGGACGAGCUGGUGUGGAGGAAGGUGGAGGCAAAAGAGACGAAAGACUCGAAUGGCCGUGACAUCGAGAUGGAGUACCGGCGCCGUGGGAGUGACGCGAGUAUUUCUGAUGAGAUGACUGUGAGCGUGCUGACAAGCCGGUGA